AUGCUAAUUUCAGAAGAAAAAGUGUUUGACCAGGGUGUACCCACCUUACUUUUGUGGCUUGCCCUAGACUUCAGUGGAGAAUUUCUGAGAUGGCUUGUUAUUGCAGUUGGCCUAGUUCGAGCAUACCUGGCUAAAGGUAGCUACCAUAGCCUUUACUAUUCCAUAGAAAAGCCCCUGAAAUUCUUCCAGACUGGAGCUUUGCUUGAGAUUCUGCACUGUGCAUUUGGCAUUGUUCCUUCUUCUGUUGUUCUGACUGCUUUCCAAGUGAUGUCAAGAGUUUUCCUGACGUGGGCAGUAACACAUAGUGUAAAAGAGGUACAAACUGAAGAUAGCGUCCUGUUGUUUGUAGUGGCCUGGACAAUCACUGAGAUAAUCCGUUAUUCUUUUUAUACAUUUAGCUUGUUAAAUCAUCUCCCUUAUCUCAUCAAAUGGGCCAGGUACACUUUGUUUAUAGUAUUGUAUCCAAUGGGAGUCUCAGGCGAAUUACUCACAAUAUAUGCUGCAUUGCCCUUCGUCAGGCAGUCUGGCUUGUAUUCUAUUAGUUUACCUAACAAGUACAAUUUUUCUUUCGACUACUAUACAUUCCUGAUCCUGGUUAUGAUCUCUUACAUUCCAAUCUUUCCUCAGCUGUAUUUUCAUAUGCUACAUCAGAGGCGAAAGGUUCUCUCCCACACUGAAGAACACAAGAAGUCGGAGUAAUUCCAACUCUUUUUCAGAACUUUUCAAACAUCAAAAUGCUGCAGAUUUUCAAUACCCAGCACGUUUGUAAAGAACAUAACAAGAUAAAAUAAGUCAGAGGUAAAAGACCAAUCAUUUAGCAAGAGUAACCAAUAAAUCUGACUUCACUGAAAUUCCACAAUGUAAAACAUUGAAAUAAUUUUCAGCUUGCAGUGCUUCAGAAAACUUAAACUUUAUAUGGCUUGGCAGUUAGCCUUUUCCUUAAAUGAUGUGCUCAAUGGUUUUCAUUUAUUACUAAAUGCCUGAAGGUUGCAGUAUGAGUGAUUAAGUUGUACCCACUAAAUGCUUGAAUUGGGAUUAUAUUACUGAUACCUCUUUUUUUUUUUUUUUUUUUUUUAAGUGCUUGACUGCAUGCCAGAAACUGUAUGUAUUGCUGUGAAAGCAAACAAUAUGCUCUGGAAUACUUUAGGAUUUUGUCAGAGACUCCAGUGAAGAAUGUAAUCCAGGCAAAGUGUUUGAAUUUAGAAAGUUAGGUUGUGUAUUUAAAAGGUGAUGAGAACAAGAACAGAAAACCAAUUACAGGAAAUGAGGGGAAUGUAAUUCUUUAGGAAUUUAAACAGUAGGGUGUCUGACCAGAGUGUGUUCUCUGAAGAUCUUGUUUAAGCUGAUUACUCAAAUGCUAGUGUUAAUUCAGAGGCUAUAAUACUUCUCUGAAACAGUAAAACUCCUUUAAGUACUGCAUCCCUGGAUACUUUUUAAAAUA